GGACAGUGCUGGCAGUGGUGCCUUUUUGAGGAGUGGUGGCUGCCCAUCACCAUCACAGCUCCUCAGCCUUCGCUGUGACUCCUCAUCCUCCCAAGGACCACCAGCUCUUCUCCUUGCUCUGCAAGCCGGGGCUGGAUCAGGUCCACUCCCCUCCAGCGCAGGGUUCAGCUUGGAUCAGGUGGUUAAAGCAGCUGGAUACACAAUCAAUCACCCUCUGGUAUUUCCAAACUCACCUUCUAACCUGCAGGACCCGGGAUCCUGGUGCAGAGCUCCUGCCACCAUGAAAACAAUCAUUGCAGCCUGCUCCCAAAACCUCAGUGGCAGCCGUGCCAGUGUCCAGACUGCCCUGCACACCCUGCUGAGGGCACCGUGGCCUUCCCAGAGGAAUCUCCGCUCCUGGAUGCAGCGCCUCGCCGUCCUGCAGUGGGUGCUCAGCUUCCUGCUGCUGGGAAUUGUCAGCCUGCUGGUCCUCAUCUACUUGGUGUUCACCAGCUUCUGGGCCAUCUCUGUCCUCUACCUGGCCUGGAUCAUCUUUGACUGGGACACCCCGGAGAGAGGUGGCCGGAGGCUGGCCUGCCUGCGGGGGUGGCCCAUCUGGAACCACUUUCGGGAUUAUUUCCCUGUGAAGCUGGUGAAGACCCAUGAGCUGUCCCCCAGCCACAACUACAUCAUUGGCUCCCACCCCCACGGCAUCCUCUGCGUCGGCGCCUUCUGCAACUUCGUCACCGGCUCCACGGGAUUCGGGCAGAAAUUCCCAGGCAUCCGGCCCUCCCUCACCACGCUGGCCGGGAACUUCCGUCUGCCCCUCUUCAGGGAGUACCUCAUGAGUGGGGGGCUGUGCCCGGUGACACGCAGUGCCAUGGGGUACCUGCUGGCCAAGAACGGCACUGGUAACGCGGUGGCCAUCGUCAUCGGGGGGGCGGCUGAGUCCCUGUCCUGCCGCCCCGGUGUCACCACCCUCAUCCUCAAGAACCGCAAGGGCUUUGUCCGCAUGGCCCUGGAGCACGGGGCCUACCUCGUCCCCUCCUUCACCUUCGGGGAGAAUGACCUCUACCACCAGGUGGUCUUCAAGGAGGGCAGCUGGAUGAGGAGCAUCCAGAGUUGCUUCCAGAAGCUGAUUGGCUUUGCUCCUUGUGUCUUCUAUGGCCGGGCUCUCACCUCCGUCCAGUCCCGGGGAUUACUCCCCUAUGAAAAACCCAUCACCACCGUGGUGGGGGAGCCCAUGGUGGUGCCCAAGGUCAGGAACCCCAGCAGCGAGAUGGUGGACAUGUACCACCAGAUGUACAUCAGCUCCCUGAUCAAGCUCUUCCAUGAGAACAAGACCAAGUAUGGGAUGUUGGAGACGGACGAGCUGCACAUCCUCUGAGUGCUGCCGGGCCGGGUCCUGACUCACAAGGGCCCCAGCUCUUGUGGGUGGGGAUUUUGGCUGGCCCGGCCACAGGGACAUGCAGGGGACAGUCCCUGCUCUGACCCGCCGCUCCUCCAGCCCAAAACCCGAGGGGGAAGUUGGAGGAGAAAGCGAGGGGAGGGGGAGUUUGGGAAAGGGUCCCCCUCGAGAGGGGUUUGGAGGGGCUGCGGGUGACACAGCUGUCCCCUGAGGACCCAGGGCUGAUGUGGGGGGUGCUGGGGUGAAGUUGGGGGCCAGCCACGGGCAUGGUCCCCCCAAGACAACCAGGAGACCACGAGCUGAGGGAGGGUGUGUCACAGGAAGAGGGAAUGGGACAGACUUUUUGGGGUGGCAUCCUGAUGGCCAGCGGGACCAGGCUGGGGAGACAUCCCCCCGGGGUGUGGGGGGGACGCCCCUGGACCUGGGGACAUGUGGAAGUGACCUCAGCUGGGACCAUGAAGCCCUGGGUGGAGGCAGGUGGCCCCAGAGGAUCCUAUCCCACCCCCUCUGUACACAAUACAGAUUUCCAACCCCCCCA